AAUAAAUACAGGCUCAUACUUAUCCAUCAGCAUUUCUGCUUUCUUCAUUUCUUCCACUAACCAAGAUCACAAGGUUCCCUGCAAUUCUUAAUAAAAAUGGCUUUAGAGAUCUGUGUCAAGGCUGCUGUUGGCGCUCCUCAUGUUAUCGGAGACUGCCCAUUCUCCCAAAGAGUUCUCUUGACUUUGGAAGAGAAGAAACUUUCCUAUAAGUUGCACCUGAUUAAUGUCAGUGACAAGCCUCAAUGGUUUUUGAAAAUAAGCCCAGAAGGGAAGGUGCCAGUGGUGAAAUUUGAUGACAAAUGGGUGCCAGACUCUGAUGUGAUUGUUGGGAUUCUAGAGGAGAAAUACCCUGAGCCAUCUCUUGUCACCCCUCCUGAAUUUGCUUCUGUAGGUUCAAAGAUAUUCCCAUCUUUUGUCAAAUUCUUGAAGAGCAAAGAUUCCAACGAUGGAUCUGAGCAGGCAUUGCUUGAGGAAUUGAAGGCAUUGGAAGAGCACCUUAAGGCACAUGGUCCAUUUAUUGCUGGAGAAAAGAUCAUUGCUGUGGAACUGAGCUUGGCACCAAAGCUGUACCAUCUUGAGGUUGCUCUUGGCCAUUUUAAAAAGUGGACUGUCCCUGAAAACUUGCCUUAUGUCCACAAUUACAUGGAGUUGCUCUUCUCCCGGGAAUCUUUCCAGAAGACCAAGGCUACAACGGAACAUGUGAUCGCAGGGUGGGAGCCUAAGGUCAAUGCAUGAAGUAGUUCUGAGUAUUCUAUGAAAUAUGGUUGAAACUUGAGAAUUGUGUAUCAAACUUGUAAAAACCCAGAUGUAUGCCAGUGGUUGUGUCACCUUCUAUGAUUUAAUAAUGGUAUUUGCUAUUAAUUAGUAA